CAAGUAACCUGCCGGCAACCGCGCAUGUGCCGUGGUGAGGCAGGCCGCACCGUUUUCCAUUGCCAGAAUCAUGAAGCUGGUUCGGUUUUUGAUGAAGUUGAGCCAUGAGACCGUGACCAUUGAGCUGAAGAAUGGAACACAGGUGCAUGGAACUAUCACAGGGGUGGAUGUCAGCAUGAACACUCACCUGAAAGCGGUGAAGAUGACACUGAAGAACAGAGAACCUGUACAGCUUGAGACCCUUAGUAUUCGAGGAAACAACAUUCGUUACUUUGUUCUCCCAGACAGCUUACCAUUGGACACACUUUUAGUGGAUGUUGAGCCUAAAGUCAAGUCAAAAAAGAGAGAAGCAGUUGCCGGCCGAGGGCGAGGGAGAGGCCGAGGCCGGGGAAGAGGUCGUGGUAGAGGGAGAGGUGGACCAAGACGAUGAUGAUCUUUUCCAACUUGAGGCGGUUGCAGUUGAUGUUUGUAAAAGUUUUGUCUACUCAAGAAUUUUUGCAUUAUUUCUGUUUUUAAUAAAGCCAGUUCACAUCA